AUGGGCAAGAUCGAAGAGCUGCCCGACGACUUUGACGAAUCGCUCAACCUUAACGCGAACCCGCCACCGAACCUCCCCAGCGGCCCCGGCCCAAGUGGCGUGCCCUCUCUCGAAUCCCUCAUCAAUAAUGCUACCCAAAAUAAGAGCCCAGCUGCCGCAGAGGAGCUUUCCGACGGCAAGGCGUCGGCCGCAAGGCCGCCGGCCAUGACGGAAAUGAGGUCCAAGACCGCCGAUGAGCUCCUGGCCGAGCUCAAUCGCACGCCGCUUUUCAUGACAUCACUAGAUGAAAGCGACGGGCAAGGCGGCGAGAACGCAGCUCUGGAGGGACUGAAGUCGCUUGCGUACGAAGGGACCAAGGCUGAGGUCGCGGGUAAUUUCCGCGAGCAAGGAAACGAAUGUGCCCGCGCAAAGCAGUGGGUCGACGCUCGCGAGUUCUACGACAAAGCCCUCAGCGUAUUGAAGGGAGAGAGCAAAGAGCUGAACGAGGACCCGGACAUCGAUUUGGCGGAAGGGCAGCAGGAUCCCGAGGAGGAAGCGCGGAAAGAGAAGCAGAUUGAGGAAGCGUCCCUGGUGAACAAGGCGUUGUGCAAUCUAGAGUUGAAAAAUUACCGCUCCUGCAUACAAAAUUGCAAAGCAACUCUUCUCAUCAACCCCUCAAAUGUAAAAGCCUGGUAUCGCAGCGCCACCGCACUUCUCGCUCUGGACAAGAUUCCCGAAGCCGAGGACUCGUGCGAGCGUGGUUUAGCGAUUGAUGCCAAUAAUGCUUCCCUCAAGACUCUCAAGACCAAGAUCGCAGCACGCAAGAAGUAUCUCGAUGAGACCGAGCGAAAGCGUAAAGAGCGGGAGGCUAAGAAGCGUAACGAAGAGAACGCCCUUCAAUUAGCGCUCAGAGCACGCAACAUCAAGAUACGGACUACAGGCGCAGACCCAGACACGGGAGACGCGAAGGUUGCGCUGGCAGAGGCCCUAGACCCUUCAUCGGUCCUCUCAUUUCCGCUCAUCCUUCUCUACCCGCUGCACGCGCAGAGUGACUUCAUCCAGGCGUGCGCCGAGACGGACAGCCUCGGCCAACACCUCGAAUACAUCCUGCCCGUGCCCUGGGACGAGGACAGCGAAUACACCCAAGCGGGCACCGAAUGCUACCUGGAGACGUCUUCCGGUGGCCUGAUCAAGGCGGGCAAGAAGGUCCCGCUCGGCAAGCUGCUGGCUGGGGGCACGGUGGAGAUUGUGGACGGAUUGGUCAAGGUGAAUGUUGUGCCCAAAGCAAGAGCGCAAGAGUGGAUCGCGGAGUUCAAGAAGAGAAAGGGUCUAUGA